AUGGCAAACGAGCAAGGCAACAUCAAUGUCAAUCCUAAUGGAAACGGUGAAGGAAAUGGAAACGGUGAGGGAAACGGUGUAAAUCAACCCCCACCGGCAAGGAGAGCUAUGUCCGAUUAUAUUGCACCCGACUUGGAUGAACACAAUAGCAUCAAUAUUCCGGGUGUUGAGGCCAACAACUUUGAGAUCAAACCGGCAAUCAUACAAAUGGUGACAUCCGAUCAAUUUGGAGGGUCGCCAAUGGAAGAUCCAAAUGCUCAUAUAACCAAGUUUCUCCGGAUUUGCAGCACAUUUAAGAUGAAUGGAGUUCCGAAUGAAGCAAUCAAACUCCGACUUUUUCCUUUUUCACUAAGGGAUAAAGCCGACAGUUGGCUCAUUUCUUUCCCCGCCAAUCAUUUUGCUAGUUGGGAUCAACUUCAUAGGGAGUUCUUGAAAAGAUUCUACCCACUUUCAAAGACUCAAAGGAUGAGGAGAGCCAUUCAAAACUUCAAGCAAAUUUCAAAUGAAUCUCUAGCCGAAUCUUGGGAGAGGUUUAAGGAACUACAAAGGCAAUGCCCUCAUCAUGGUAUUCAAGGAUGGGAUCUAAUGAUGGCUUUCUAUGAAGGGUUGCUUGAUAAUUCAAAGAUCUUGGUGGAUGCUUCAUCGGGAGGAUCAUUCACGGUUUUGGAACCUACUCAAGCCGAGGAACUACUUGAGAAGAUUGCAACAAAUGGAACAACUUGGUAUUCGGAGAGAUCUUCCCAAAGGCUUGUGGGAGGAUUUCAUGAUGUUGAUCAAAUAUCCGCCUUGUCGGCUAAGGUGGAUAAUAUGGCAUCCAUGGUUCAAAAGAUAGCUCAAAUCACCCUCAACAAUCAUAAUGCGAGCUAUGAUUCUUCUACUUCUAUUCCUCCAAGGCAAAUCAUGAUGUGUGACUUAUGUGGGGGAGAGCACAAUUUGGGAGAGUGCUUAAAUGAUGAUAUGGGUUCUCAAUCUACUUUGGAGCAUGUUGAUUUGGUAGGAUAUGGUAGGCAACAACAAUCAUACCAACCGCAAGGAGCCUACAAUCCUAAUGCAUCAAGGAAUCACCCCGGUUUUUCUUGGAGUAAUCCGAUGGGGGCUGCAAAUCCCCAAAGUUUUGGCAAUAAAGGACCACCACCGGGAUUCCAAGGGCAACAAAAUUAUAGAGGUGGUCAACAACAACAAUCUAGGCAAAAUUUAGGAUUUCAAAAUCCUAAUGCGCAACCGAGGCAACCAUUAGAGAACCCGCCUCCACCAAAUUGGGAAGCCAUGCUAGAUAUGAUGGUUAAAUCUCAAAUGAAAAGCGAAGAGAGGUUUAGGCAAGUUUCGGAGAAGUUGGACCAAUUGAGUGCUCAUCAUAAAAUGCUAGAAAAUCAAAUUGCCAAUCAAGCCUCAACCUCUAGCACUAAAGUAACCGGGAAGUUGCCCGCUUGUCCCGAAAAUCCUAGAGAGCACAUGAAUGCCAUUAUCACUAGAAGUGGAAAGCAACUUGAAGGUCCACAAUUGCCUACCAAUGAUCAAAUUUUGGAGCCGGAAGUUGAAAAUGGAAAGUUAAAGGAGGAUGUUGUUGUGCAAAGCAAAGGAAAGGAUUCUUGCCUAUUCAAAUCCAAAGAAGAUGAAAUCCAAAAGCUUGAACCUUUGUUGAGACAAAUUCCACCACUCCCGUUCCCACAAAAAUUCAAGAAAGCCAAGGUGGAAGAAAGAAGGGCAAGGUUCUUGAGCUUGAUCAAGCAAUUGGACAUUUCUAUUCCUUUGCUUGAUGCCAUCACCGAAAUCCCCUCUUAUGCAAGAUUUUUGAAGGAGAUUCUAUCCAACAAGAGGAGAUUUGAAGACCGUGAAACCGUUGCGGUCAAUGAAGAGUGUAGUGCCCUUAUCCAAAAUAAGCUUCCACCGAAACUUAGAGACCCCGGGAGCUUCUCUAUUCCAUGUGUUAUUGGAGGGUCUCUUGUGCAAAGAGCUCUGUGUGACUUGGGAGCUAGUGUGAGCUUGAUGCCAUAUUCUUUAUGUAAAAAGUUGCAACUUGGGGAGCCCAAACCCACCGCCAUGACUUUGCAACUAGCGGAUAGAUCCGUAAAACACCCCGUGGGAGUUCUUGAAGAUGUGCCGGUAAAGAUUGACAAAUAUUACAUCCCGGGUGAUUUUGUGGUUCUAGAAAUGGAGGAAGAUGCUAAAGUUCCUAUCAUUCUUGGGAGGCCAUUUUUGGCAACCUCCGGGGCGGUAAUUGAUGUUAAAAAGGGGACUUUGGUGCUUGAAAUUGGGGAUGACAAAGUUGAGUUUUAG